CGCACCGCGAUCCGCCUGGAUCAGCCACAUGGCUACACUAUAAAAGUACGAGGCAGCACCGGGGAGCGCUGAAGUGCAGCAGGAGAGGAGCCCGGGGAUUGUAAGCAGGUGCUGGCAGGAGGGAUUUCCACACUUCUCAUCUUAUACUAGUCAGGGAAGACUGUGCUCUAAAAUGAUGCUGAGUUCCAGCAGCUGCAAGAGGCAGCAUCCUAUUCAGCACCAUGCCAGUGAGGACAGAGACCAGAGCAGGCACCACCAAUACACCUUCAGGGGGCAGACUCCGUGUGGCCUGCUGCUUCUCAUCAUUCUAGUGUCCUGGACUGGCAUCUGCCAAGGUGCCCCAUUUUCAUCUAAUAUGCUUAGAGCAGAGCAAGAGCUGCAGUUGUGGAAUGGGAUAGAUGAUGUAUGCUCUGCAGUGCUGUCAGAUUCCCAGCCUGCGGUGUCCAGUGGUUUAGAAGAAAUUUGUUUUAUGGUUAUGGGAUAUCUGCAAAAAUCUCAGGGUUCAGAUGAAAAAGACGACUCUAAAAGGUUCUUAUUUCAUUAUUCUAAGAGUCUUGACUCAGGAAAAUCAGACAUCACGUCGUCUGUCGUGCAUCCUUUGCUGCAACUCGUUCCUCAGCUUCAUGACAGAAGGAUGAAGAGAUUCAAUUCCGAAGGAGUGUAUAAGGGACCAGGAUUUUUUUCCAGCAGAAGUGCAAGCUUUCAGUACAAGCCACGUAAUGGAAGACGAUCAUCAGCCUUCCGCUAACAGGUUGACUGAGGCACAGAACAUCCAACUAUAAAGACUCCUUUACCCUAUGUUGUACACACCUGUAACAAUCUUUCACUAUAGAAUGUAAAGGCUACUACCAGAAAUUAUUUUUGGCUAACACUGCCAAAAUUUCCUUUAUUUCUUAAAUAUAUUCAAACAAAGCAUAUUAAAAUGAUAAUAUUGUU